UGUGAUUUUGAGUUGUAUAAAGAAAAUAUCACAUAUAUAUAAGUUUAUUCUUUAAUUCCUACAAAAUAUUGAGACUGGCAACCCUAAGUUGCAAGCGAUUGCUCUCUCAUUCUCAGCUCACUCGUUCCUAUAGGAAAAAUCCAAUUUUCGCGGAUAUCCUACCGUACGGUCUGUAGAAGCGGACGGUAGAAGCAAGCAGGUGAGUGUACAUUUACAUUGCGCUUACAUAAGAUAGGUCAUGUCAGCUAAUACGGUCCACGGUUUCGCGUCGGUGACUGUUUGAAGCAUAAUUCUGGUUGAAAAAUUGCAACCAUGGAUACUGUCGAUAAAGCAGACUAUGUCGUAUAAAGACAACAUAUACAUAAUUUUUCACUUCUCUCUAGUUGUCGUUCUGCUGUUGUUUCCGAAAAUUAAUUUUUAUAAGAAAUUGAAUGUUUAAAAGAAUAUUUCCUUAUUAAACGCUUAAAUUUUGAUCAAACGAAGUGAAAAUUAAUACAUAAAAUACAGAAGACAGAGAGCGAUAUAAAUUCUCGACAAAAUGACGACCGACAUUUCAAUUGUUCGAUGGGAUCCUAGCCAGGGUCCUGGAAACGAAUAUAUCGAUGAAUACGAAUAUGACGGAGGGAAUUCCAGCUCUAGACUUUUUGAAAGAUCGCGUAUAAAGGCUCUUGCUGAAGAACGAGAAAACGUUCAAAAGAAAACGUUUACAAAGUGGGUUAAUUCACAUUUGUGUAGAGUUAACUGCAGAAUAGGGGAUUUGUAUGUAGAUAUGCGUGACGGAAAAUAUCUUAUAAAACUGUUAGAAGUAUUAUCUGGUGAACGUCUACCAAAACCAACAAAAGGAAAAAUGAGGAUCCAUUGUUUGGAAAAUGUGGACAAAGCUCUGCAAUUUUUACGUGAGCAACGCGUACAUUUAGAAAACAUAGGAUCGCAUGACAUUGUGGAUGGAAACGCUUCUCUCAAUUUGGGUUUAAUUUGGACUAUCAUUUUGCGAUUCCAGAUUCAAGAUAUUACAAUUGAAGAAGUUGACAACAAGGAGACUAAAUCUGCUAAAGAUGCGUUACUUUUGUGGUGUCAAAUGAAAACUGCUGGAUACAAUAAUGUGAAUGUCAGAAACUUUACCACUUCUUGGCGUGACGGACUCGCAUUCAAUGCAAUAAUUCAUAAACACCGACCUGAUUUGGUGCAAUUUGAAAAGUUGUCCAAAGCGAACCCCCUGUACAAUCUGAAUAAUGCCUUCGACGUUGCCGAAGAUAAAUUGGGUCUUGCAAAGUUACUCGAUGCUGAAGAUGUGUUUGUCGACCAUCCUGAUGAAAAGUCUAUAAUCACAUAUGUGGUUACCUAUUAUCAUUACUUCAGCAAGCUAAAGCAAGAGACAGUGCAAGGCAAACGAAUCGGAAAAGUUGUAGGAAUUGCCAUGGAAAACGAUAAAAUGAUUAAUGACUAUGAACAUUUCACAAGUGACUUAUUAAAAUGGAUCGAAACAACUAUCCAAGCCCUUGGAGAAAGAGAAUUUGAAAACUCCUUAGCGGGAGUGCAAAGUCAAUUAGCGCAGUUUUCAAAUUAUCGAACUAUUGAAAAGCCUCCAAAGUUUGUGGAAAAGGGUAAUUUAGAAGUGUUAUUAUUCACGCUUCAAUCGAAAAUGCGGGCAAACAAUCAGAAACCCUAUACCCCUAGAGAAGGAAAAAUGAUUUCUGAUAUAAAUAAAGCUUGGGAGCGUUUAGAAAAAGCAGAACAUGAGCGAGAGUUAGCGUUAAGAGAAGAGCUCAUUCGCCAAGAGAAGUUGGAACAACUGGCUGCUCGUUUUGAUAGAAAAGCUUCAAUGAGGGAAACCUGGCUUUCCGAGAACCAAAGGCUAGUUAGCCAGGAUAACUUUGGAUUCGAUUUAACAGCGGUAGAAGCUGCGGCAAAGAAACACGAAGCUAUUGAAACAGAUAUAUUUGCUUAUGAAGAACGUGUACAAGCAGUCAUUGCUGUGUGCGAUGAAUUAGAAUCAGAACGUUACCAUGAUGUUAAGCGAAUAUUGCUGCGCAAGGAAAACGUUAUGCGAUUAUGGACCUACUUGCUAGAACUAUUACGCGCACGUAGAAUGCGGUUAGAAAUAUCGUUGCAAUUGCAACAAAACUUCCAAGAAAUGCUAUAUAUUUUGGAUAACAUGGAGGAAAUCAGGCAGCUACUUUUAACUGAUGACUAUGGAAAACACCUUAUGGGUGUAGAAGACUUACUUCAAAAGCAUUCCCUUGUCGAAGCAGAUAUCAACAUUCUUGGAGAGCGUGUUAAAGUUGUAGUCCAAAAUUCUCAGAAAUUCUUAAGUGAUGACCCAGAGUCAUAUAAACCGUGUGACCCUGAAAUCAUUGUUAGUCGUGUGCAACAAUUAGAAGAUGCAUAUGCUGAAUUAGUCCGUCUAGCUGUGGAGCGCAGAAGCCGUCUGGAAGAAAGUCGAAAAUUGUGGCAAUUCUAUUGGGAUACCGCUGAUGAAGAAAAUUGGAUAAAAGAAAAGGAACAAAUUGUAUCCACCGAUGAAAUUGGACACGAUUUAACUACAGUAAACUUAUUAUUGAGCAAACAUAAGGCAUUGGAAUCGGAAAUUACGUCGCAUGAUCCUCAAUUGCAAGGUAUUGCUAAAAUAGGUGCCGAAUUAAUUACUGAAGGUCACUUUGGAGCUGAUCGUAUUAAGGAUCGUUUGAAGGAAAUUCUUUCUAAAUGGGAUCAUCUGCUAGAUUUGACUAAGUACAGACGUCAACGCCUAGAAAAUGCCGUAGAAUACUUCCAAUUAUUUGCUGAUGCUGACGAUGUAGACAAUUGGAUGCUUGAUACGCUAAGAAUCGUUUCAAGCGAAGAUGUUGGACGCGAUGAAGCUAACGUACAGUCGUUACUUAAAAAGCAUAAGGAUGUUGCUGAUGAACUUAAAAAUUACGCUGAAGUUAUAAACGCUUUACACAAGCAAGCUGAAGAUCUUAAAUUGAACGACACAGAAAAGGCAAAUGUAGAUAAGCGUCUAGAAGCAAUUGAUACUAGAUACAAGGAGUUAACUGAAUUAGCAAAAUUGCGCAAACAACGACUAUUAGAUGCCCUCAGCCUCUAUAAGUUGAUGUCUGAAGCGGACGGUGUUGAGCAAUGGAUAAAGGAAAAGACCAAAAUGUUAGAUACAAUGACGCCUGGAAAAGACAUUGAAGAUGUCGAAAUAAUGAAGCAUCGCUUCGAAGGUUUUGACAAAGAGAUGAAUGCCAAUGCUUCUCGUGUUGCCGUUGUUAAUCAAUUAGCUAGGCAACUGUUGCAUGUUGAACACCCUAAUUCGGAUGAAAUAUUGGAAAGGCAGAACCAUCUUAAUCAAGAGUGGUCUACCUUACGUGAAAAAGCAGAAGCUAAAAUGGAUGAUUUGAAAUCCGCCCACGGAGUGCAAACAUUCUAUAUUGAAUGCAGAGAAACAAUAUCAUGGAUCGAAGACAAAAAACGCAUUUUAACUGAAACCGACAGCCUAGAAAUGGACUUGACUGGUGUGAUGACUUUGCAACGACGUCUUAGUGGUAUGGAAAGAGAUUUGGCAGCUAUUCAAGCUAAACUAUCUAGCUUAAGCAAAGAAGCCGAUAGUAUUGAGAAUGAACAUCCAGAAGAGGCACAAAUAAUCCGGGAUAGAAUUUCUCAAAUUGAGCUUAUUUGGGAGCAACUAACCCAAAUGCUGAAAGAACGUGACUCUAAAUUGGAAGAAGCAGGUGAUUUGCACAGAUUUUUGCGUGAUUUGGACCACUUCCAGACAUGGUUAACUAAAACUCAAACUGACGUGGCAUCUGAAGAUACUCCAACUUCCUUGCCGGAAGCUGAGAAGCUUUUAAAUCAACAUCAAUCAAUUCGCGAGGAAAUUGACAAUUACACUGAAGAUUAUAAGAACAUGAUGGAAUAUGGCGAGCGUUUAACAUCAGAAUCGAAUACGUCGGAUGAUCCACAAUAUAUGUUCCUUCGUGAGCGAUUAAAUGCUUUGAAGGAUGGUUGGGAAGAGUUGCAUCAAAUGUGGGAAAAUAGACAAGUUCUGCUCUCACAAAGCCUAGAUCAACAGUUAUUCAAUAGAGAUGCACGUCAAACAGAAGUGCUAUUAAGUCAACAAGAACAUUUCCUUAGUAAGGAUGAUACUCCAGUUAAUUUAGAGCAAGCUGAAAAUCAACUUAAACGUCAUGAAGCAUUCCUCACUACCAUGGAGGCAAAUGAUGAUAAGAUAAAUACUUUGUUGCAAGUAGCUGACACCCUUGUGGAGAAAGAACAUUUCGACGCUGAGAAAAUCGGAAAGCGAGCCGAAAAUAUUUCAAGUCGUCGUGAUGAUAAUCGCCAACGAGCUUUGGAUCAGCACGAGAAGUUAAAGAAUCAAGUCAAAUUGCAUGAAUUUUUACAAGAUCUUGAAGAAUUGGCGGAAUGGGUACAGGAAAGAUAUGUAACAUCCCAGGAUGAGACCUACAGGAGUGCUAAGACAAUUCAUUCCAAAUGGACACGACAUCAAGCUUUCGAAGCAGAGAUUGCGGCCAACAAAGAACGUUUAUUUGAAGCGGAAAAGGCAGCUCAGGAUUUGUCUAAAGAGAAACCAGAAUUCAAAGAUAUUAUAGAACCAAAGUUAAAAGAACUCGCCAAGCAAUUCGAAGAUUUAGAGGUGCACACAAAAGAGAAAGGCGCAAUGUUAUUCGAUGCAAAUCGAGAAGUUCUGGUACAACAAACUUGCGACGAUAUUGAUUCCUAUAUUACCGACUUGGAAAAACAAAUCGUCAAUGCUGACACAGGCAAUGACCUCACGUCAGUUAAUAUUCUUAUGCAGAAGCAACAAGUCAUACAAACUCAAAUGGCAGCUAAAGAACGGCAGGUAGAGGAGAUCGACAAACAAACUGAAUAUUUGCAAAAGACAACUCCAUUAGAGAAGAUCGAACCAAUUGUUACUAAGAAAACGGCAGUUCUUGAUAGGUUUGAGAAAAUCAAAGCACCACUUGUGGAACGCCAAAAGCAACUGGAAAAGAAGAAGGAAGCAUUCCAAUUCUGCCGGGACGUUGAAGACGAAAAGUUGUGGAUUGACGAAAAGUUACCUUUAGCUACUUCAAAAGAUUAUGGUAACUCAUUAUUUAAUGUUCAUGUAUUGAAAAAGAAAAAUCAAUCUCUUGCUACUGAAAUUGAUAACCACGAACCUAGAAUAAUGGCUAUAUGCAAUAACGGCAGAAAAUUAAUAGAUGAAGGUCAUGAAGAUGCUAAAAAGUUUGAAAGUCUGAUUAGUGAUCUAACUCAAAAAUGGCAAGAACUUAAAGAUGCUAUUGAUAAUCGUAAGAGAAAUCUUUUAGAAUCAGAGAAGGUACAACAAUACUUUUUCGAUGCGCAAGAGGCUGAAUCGUGGAUGAGCGAACAGGAGUUGUACAUGAUGGUGGAGGAUCGUGGAAAGGAUGAGAUCAGUGCACAAAAUCUAAUGAAAAAACAUGAAAAUUUAGAACAAUCUGUUGAAGACUAUGCUAAUACAAUUAGACAAUUAGGCGAAGUUGCAAGACAAUUCAAUACCGAGGACAGUGGUAGUGGUGAUGCCGUGUCCGUUAAGCAAUCUCAAUUGGACAAACUUUACGCUGGCCUUAAGGAUUUGGCUGGCGAACGUCGGGCGCGCUUGAAUGAAGCUCUACAACUAUUUAUGUUGAGCAGAGAAGUUGAUGACUUGGAACAAUGGAUUACAGACCGGGAAGUUGUUGCUGGAUCCCAAGAACUUGGACAAGAUUAUGAUCACGUAACAUUACUGUCGGAGCGCUUUGAUGAAUUUGCACGUGAUACUGAAGCCGUUGGCGGCGAACGAGUUGCUAAGGUUAACAAUAUUGCUGACAACUUAAUUCAAGCUGGUCAUUCCGACUCGGCUACAAUUGCUGAGUGGAAAGAUAAUUUGAAUGAAUCCUGGCAAGACCUUUUGGAACUGAUUGAAACACGAACUCAAAUGUUGGCUGCGUCCAAGGAACUUCACAAAUUCUUCCAUGACUGUAAAGAUAUCCUUAGUCGUAUUAUUGAGAAGCAACAUGGUGUUUCGGAUGAAUUGGGACGAGAUGCAGGAUCUGUAUCAACUUUGCAACGAAAACACCACAACUUCAUGCAAGAUCUUAUGACACUUUAUUCACAAGUACAACAAAUUCAAGACGAAUCAGCGAAACUGCAAGAUUCAUACGCUGGUGACAAAGCAAAGGAAAUCACUAACCGAGAGCAAGAGGUUUUACACGCUUGGUCUAAUUUGCAAGCAAUGUGUGAUGCUCGUAAGCAAAAACUAGCUGACACUGGCGAUCUAUUUAGAUUCUUCAAUAUGGUUCGUAUAUUAAUGAUAUGGAUGGAGGAUCUAGUGCGACAAAUGAACACAUCUGAGAAACCUAGAGAUGUUUCGGGGGUUGAACUACUUAUGAAUAAUCACCAAAGUCUUAAAGCUGAAAUUGAUACAAGAGAAGAUAACUUUGCCGCCUGUAUAUCUCUUGGUAAAGAGUUAUUGGCAAGAAGUCAUUAUGCAUCAGCAGAUAUUAAAGAUAGGCUUCUGCAGUUGAACAACAGUCGAAAUGGCUUGCUACGACGUUGGGAAGAGAGAUGGGAGAAUUUACAACUAAUUUUAGAGGUAUACCAGUUCGCCAGAGAUGCUGCCGUUGCUGAGGCUUGGCUUAUUGCCCAAGAACCUUAUCUUUUGUCUUCAGAAUUGGGUCACACCAUUGAUGAAGUUGAGAACCUAAUUAAAAAACAUGAAGCAUUCGAAAAAUCUGCUGCUGCCCAAGAAGAACGGUUUAGUGCUCUUGAGCGCUUAACAACAUUUGAGCUUAAGGAAAUCAAGAGGCGUCAGGAAUUGGCGGAGGAAGCAGAGAGGCAGCGAGUAAAAGAGGAAUUGGAGGCCAAAGCAGCUUUGGAAGCCGCUGAACAGGCUAAACGGGAAGCAGAGAGACGCGAUAUUGUCGAUGCCGCAGCAGCGGCGGCUGAAGAAUCAGCAGAACAUUCAACUUUGUCCGCUGGUGAAGGACAGGAAGGUUAUCUCACAAGAAAACAUGAAUGGGAAUCUACUACGAAAAAAGCCUCAAAUAGGUCGUGGGAUAAGGUAUACGUAGUUGCAAAAAUAGGGCAUUUAUCAUUCUACAAAGAUCAAAAGGGUUAUAAAAGUAAUCCUGAAUUGACUUUCCGUGGAGAACCAUGUUAUGAUUUACAAGGUGCAGGUAUUCAAAUUGCUACCGAUUAUACCAAAAAGAAGCAUGUCCUAAGAAUAAAGCUUUCUGGGGGCGCUGAAUUUUUAUUACAAGCGCAUGAUGAUGAUGAAAUGUCUCAGUGGGUGUCUUCCUUGAAGGCCCAAAGUGAUUCAGCAACCGUUGCUGAAAGCAGAUCCCAAACAUUACCAGCUACUUCUCAGAAGGAUGAACCAAAACGCAGAUCUUUCUUUACUCUUAAAAAAAAAUAAAGUGAGGACGUUCAUUAUUAAUAAUAAUAUUAAAUUUUGCUUACAAAAUUGCACGACAAAUAUGCUAAAUAUAUGUAUCUUAUUUAUUAAAAACAUGUAUGCAUUUCAAUGUAUUCAAUAAAACAUUUAUUCCUCAAUUUCUAAUAGGGGAAGAUCAA